UCCACCCUCAGAAAGAAGAGGGGCCAAAAACUAUCACAGGAAAAAACUCAGGAAGAUAAGGCAGACAUCCAAAUCAUAUGUGAUGUAUUUAGCCAAGGAGUGCUUUAUGCAUCACAGAAGCUGAAAGAAUAUCUUGGAUUUGAGGAUCCACAAAGCAAAUUCCACCUAUCCAUGCAUACCCUAAAUGAGAUUUUUCUGGUCAACUUUAUCAGCUUCUGUGUUGAGAAAGGUGUAGAAGAGCGCAUCACGACAAGCAAGAUGACCAAGCAACAAUCCUUGCUUUUUGGAGUUGAUUGGGUCUGGACUCUCUCUGGAGCCGACAAGCAAAUCAGGCUACAGAUUGCUGUGCAGUCUCUGCAGAUGGCUGAGCUUCCCAAUGAAGAGCAAGCUUUUGAAAUUAUUGGGAGUAACACAGAAGCAAUGGUACCAGAUGAGCUUUUUGGAAACAAGAGCAGAUUCGAAAGGCUGGAAGAAUUCUGCAAUCUUGUGGGAAGCAAGUGCCUUGGCUUGUUCAUAAUGUUUGGUGUUCCUGGAAAGCCGAAAGAGAUCAGAGGAGUUGUUCUAGAUAGCAUCAAAAAGGAAAAACAGAAAAACCUCUUGUCUGGUGAGAAUGCCCUCAGAGUAUUUGCUUUGAACACUGACAGUUUUCUGCCUACAAGAGAGAUGCUGGAAUAUUGCCUCUCCAAGAAAAAUGGGAUGAGGGAGGUGGGUAAGGUCUACAUUAAUUUUCUUUAGCCUCCUGACUGCAAACUCAAAAGGCACCCAACUGAGUAGUCGUGGUGGAAUAUUGCUUGCAACAGUUUCCUGUAUGACCAGUCCUCCAUGGCUACUCACAAAAUAUCAGUCUGUUUUGCCACCAUUGACUUGGCAGGAAUCAACGAUCAAAACACCUCCUUGGACCCAAAUCCAACAGACUGUGAUUUGCAGAUGGUAUGCUGGUAAAAAGACAAGUUUUAAGAGCAUUCUGUUCUUGCAUAUAUGACAGGACUACAUUAAAAAAUGAAGAUGAAGUAUAUUAUACUCUGCUAGAAAAAGCAAGGACCAGUCAAGUAAGUUCACUGGGUCAGUGAAAAUAGAGAUUAUAACUUAUGGCAGGACUUGCACCACAGGUUUUAUGACUGACUGUAAUAAUCUUCACAAUCUUUUUCCCUAUGUGCUCACCCGCCCCUUGAAAUCGGAGGCUGAGGUCCUUCUAUGGGAGCCCUCCUUGAAGAAGAUGAGGAGGCUAGUUACGCAGAAAACGGCAGUGUCGUCCUUGCAGCAGCGUUGCCCCAACUCUGGAAUUUGCUCUCCAGGGAGGGUUGCCUGUGCCAUUGCUUUAUUCUUUUCAGCAUCAGAUGACCCCCUUUUAAUUUUCCCAUCUAUUUAAUGUUUAAUUGGUUUUAUUCUGUGUUUUAUUAUUGAGGUUGGAUGCAAUGCCUUUUGUUUUCGGGGUUUUUUUUUUUCUUGUAAGCCAUCCCGAGAUGCUUGUAGUGGACGGCCUAUAAAAGCAUUGAAUAAAUAAAUGCUUUUUACAAAGCAAGACAAGAUUCUGUAUUUAUUCCAGUAACAACUUUAUUAGUGGCAUAUUGGAAUCUGAACAGUUUCUACUAUGCUAAGCAUGUAUUUGUGUGGUAGCAUCUUUCACUGAAUGCAGUUACAUAUGGUUGAUUUUUUAAUAUUCUGAUUCCUGAUGUGCUGUCACUAUGCUUUUCAGAGGUUGUUAUUAUUGAUGGUAAUCUGUCUUGAUUUUUUUCCUCUUGCAAGGAACCCAAAACAUAUGUACCUUUUCCAUGUAAUCCCUAUGUUGGUGGGAUGUCACUUAAGACAUUGUGUGGUUUUCCUUUUGAGAAUUAGUCUUUUCCACACUGGAGCCCUUGUAUGAGAAAAUGAACAUGCAUUGCUCUUUGCUCACAUAGAACAGAGGAUGCAGGAGUGAUGGCUUAAGCGUUUGUAUGUGGGGGGUGUAGCUAUUUAAUUCAAGAGCAAGUUGUUGGAUUUGAAGCAAAUUUGGUAUGUAGAACCAUUGUACAAUGAAAAUUAGUUUUUGGCUGGAAAAUCACAAGCAGGAGGAUGAGUUGUUUAGAAUUGUUAAUUUGGGUAGUUUCAUGUAUCAGCUUUGCACCUAGUGCUCUGACACCAAACUCCUUACACGAAGUAACUAUGAGAUUUCCCAAAAUAGAGGUAAAUUCACUGGCAACACUCUGCUGAAUGCACAGUAUUUUAUACAGUACUACAGUGAAUGCAAAAAAGAAUUUUGGGGAAUAAUCCGGGUCUUCCUUGUUUUAAUUAAUCCAAAUGGCAAAAUGAAAAAGAACUCAAACCUUUAAGAGUUCAGGCAAUGUAAUUUGAUCAAAAACAUGUUCAUCAUUCAAUUUCUGCCUCUAAUUACUCCCUGAACUACUGCUCCUAGCAUACUGCCAUUAGGAUUGCAUACAUGAAACUUCUAGCUGCUUGACUUUUAGAUCUUGACUCUCUUAAUUUUGUGGGUAUCUAUGUAACUCUGUCUUCCAAAAUGGAGGGUUGGAGAACAUGCUUUUGAACAUAAGUAUACUGCUGCAGGCAAGCCAGAGUUUUGCAAUCCAGGACCCAAGUUUCCUUUCUAAGCAGUGCAUGAAUUAAAACAGUUGCACACAGUAACAGGACUAAUCAGCAUAGCUCUACAGCUGUCAUUCAUACACUUCGCCUAGAAAUAUCAAAUUACCAGUUAGAGCUAUUUAGUUUUUGCUGGCUCACCCUGUCAAAACAUUUCUUCUGACUCAGUGACUCAGAUGAAGGAUCCUGAUUAUAGGAGAGGAUGAUGAUUAAUUGAAGCUGGAGCACUUACCUUUUGUUCCCUUGUUAAAGCACUUUAUGGAAAUUUAAAUUGGUGGCUUCCGAAAGCUAUUGUAGUUCUCUACAAUAUUGUGUAUAUAAGGAGGGACAUGCCAGGAUCCCCAUGAAAUGAGAGAGAUAGCAAGACACAGUACUUUAACACAUGCAUACCUGCAAUUUAUACAUAUUUAU